AUUUUUUUAUAAAUUUUUUGUGAAAUUAUUUUUAUGGUAUGGAUAGAGAUAAUGGGGGCAUGGUAGCAGACAUUUUCUAUAACCUUUCUCUCCUCAUCUUUAUCUCAUAGAUUCUUCCUUUGUUAGAGUGUCCAUGAAUAACUCGCUUGUUACCUUCUUUUUCUACUAGCACUACUAGAACCAAGACUUGUUGUACUUUUGUUUUCCUUGCUGCUUUGUGUAAUCACUUGUGUGCAUAUGAACUUGGUGAUAACGCUGGAGAGCUGAGAGUCAAACCUUAAACAGUGGUUCUUGAUCGUCUUCUCCUUAUUGUUUUGAGUUGAGUAAUUUGUAAGGACCCUCUUGUCAAACUUGAUUUUCUUGCUAGAAUCUUUGUUGGGUGUUGGAGUUUGUGAUUUAAUAGAAGCUGAAUUUCGAAUCUUUGUUUGGCCUGGUCCUUUUCUUGUUCUUGUUUUUUUUUUUGGUUGGUAGUUAACAGGAAAAAAACCAUCUAAGUUCUGUUUUUGGAUUAGAAACCCAAGAAUCUUGAGGAUUCUUUGAUUCUUUUUUCUUGUGGGUGUAUAUGUGAAUUUCUUAUCUUGUUCAAUAUUGGGUCCUCUUCUAGCAUUCAAAAUCUGAAAUUUGUAGCUGUUUUGGUGGAUAAGAUAGCAUCUUUUCCUGAAACAACAUCUCUCCUUUUCGAAUUCCACUAGUUUGUAUUUGAAUUUCGAGUCAGGCGAAGUUUGCCAGCUAUUCUUCAUUUAACUGUGCCUCUUCUUGUUCUCUUAAGUAGGGAUUUCUCUUGAUGCUGGGUUCUACUAGACAGUCUCUGUAGAUUUGAUAGUGGCUCCUUUUCUUUCUCUUUAUUUUUUUUUCCACACUAGGAUGAGGUAGUCAGUAAAGACCCCCUUAAACCUCUGGUACUGUUUCUAGAUAUCUCGUGUUGGUUACUGUUUUGGAUGAGUUUACUUCAUGUAUAUGGGUUUGGUUUAAGGGUGCGGCAUCUACUUUGGAUGCUAUGUUGCUGGAUUGUAUCGGUAAUUUCCAUGAACUGGUUCAUUAAUGGUGGAGUUUUGGAGACCCAGGCUAGUUUGCUUGGUGAUGGUGGCAAGAUGUGGCUAAAAUGCUUGGAGAAAGUUUCAGGGAAUAGUUGCAAGAUCCAUCAUCACUACUACCAGUAUAUUGGUUCCAAGAGAAUUAGCAAAACAUGGUGGAGAAAGCUUUUGGUCGCAUGGAUAGUUGGUUGGAUCACUGUCUCUGUAUGGAUCUUUUGGUACAUGAGCUCACAAGCUUUUGAGAAGAGGAAAGAAACUCUUACAAGUAUGUGUGAUGAGAGGGCAAGGAUGCUACAGGAUCAGUUUAAUGUGAGCAUGAACCAUGUGCAGGCCAUGUCCAUUUUGAUCUCAACUUUUCACCAUGCCAAAAACCCUUCUGCGAUUGAUCAGAGGACUUUUGCGAGGUAUACAGAAAGAACCGCUUUUGAGAGGCCCCUCACAAGUGGUGUGGCCUAUGCUGUAAGGGUGCUCCACUCUGAAAGGGAACAAUUUGAGAAGCAACAAGGCUGGACUAUUAAGAGGAUGGAUUCCUUUGAACAAAACCCAGUCCAUAAGGAUGACAAUGCCCCUAAAGCAUUGGAGCCAUCCCCAAUUCAGGAAGAAUAUGCUCCUGUCAUCUUUGCACAGGAUACUGUUGCACAUGUGGUUUCCCUUGAUAUGCUGUCAGGAACUGAAGAUCGUGAAAAUGUGUUGCGUGCUAGAGCAUCUGGAAAGGGGGUUCUAACUGCUCCUUUCAGGUUACUCAAAACUAAACGUCUUGGGGUUAUUUUGACAUUUGCUGUGUACAAGACAGACCUCCCAUCUAAUGCAACUCCAAAUGAGAGGAUUCAAGCAACUGAUGGGUACCUUGGAGGAAUCUUUGACAUCGAGUCACUCGUUGAGAAGCUACUUCAACAGCUUGCAAGCAAGCAGACUAUCCUAGUGAAUGUGUAUGACACUACUAAUCAGUCUUGCCCUAUCAGCAUGUAUGGUUCAAAUGUAUCAGAUGAUGGGCUGGAACAUGUCAGCGCCCUUAAUUUGGAAGAUCCUUUCAGAAAGCAUGAGAUGCGCUGCAGAUUCAAACAAAAACCACCAUGGCCAUGGUUAGCAAUAACAACAUCAAUUGGCAUCCUUGUGAUUGCAUUGCUUAUUGGGUACAUAUUCCAUGCGACUAUGAAUCGGAUUGCUAAAGUUGAAGAUGAUUGCCACAAGAUGAUGGAGCUUACAAAACAAGCCGAGGCAGCUGAUGUUGCAAAAUCUCAGUUUCUUGCUACAGUUUCCCAUGAGAUCAGAACCCCAAUGAAUGGUGUUCUAGGAAUGCUGCAUAUGCUUAUGGACACAGAUCUAGAUGCGAAUCAGCAAGAUUAUGUUAGAACCGCACAAGACAGUGGAAAAGCUCUAGUCUCGCUUAUAAAUGAGGUUUUGGAUCAAGCAAAGAUUGAAUCUGGUAAGAUUGAGCUUGAGGAAAUGCAGUUCGAUUUGAGGGCAAUAAUGGAUGAUGUAUUGGCACUCUUUUCUGGCAAGGCUCAUGAGAAAGGGAUUGAGUUGGCAGUUUACGUGUCUGAUGGUGUUCCUGAAAUGCUAAUUGGUGAUCCAGGGAGGUUUCGGCAAAUUAUUACCAAUCUCAUGGGGAAUUCAAUUAAAUUUACAAAGAAAGGGCACAUCUUUCUCACUGUUCAUCCUGUUGAGGAGGUGAUGGACUCGAUAGAUGUCGAGACAGAAUCAUCAUCACUAAACACCUUGAGUGGUUUGCCUGUUGCAGAUAGACGCAGGAGUUGUGCAGGAUUUAAGAUUUUCAGUCGUGAGGGCUCAAGUCAUACUCUCUCACCAUCCUCUUCUGACCUUGUCAAUCUAAUAGUGUCAGUUGAGGAUACAGGGGAAGGGAUCCCUCUAGAAGCCCAACCUCGUGUUUUUACUCCUUUUAUGCAGGUUGAUCCAUCCAUUUCCAGAAAAUAUGGAGGCACAGGCAUUGGCCUGAGCAUAAGCAAGUGUUUGGUUGGCCUUAUGAAUGGGGAAAUUGGCUUCGCUAGCAUACCAGAUACUGGGUCCACCUUCACUUUCACUGCUGUAUUUAGAAACGGCUGCUCCAAUUCAAAUGACUCCAAGCAGCAGAAGCAGAGAAUAAAAAACCAAUGUAACACAACGCCUUCAGAAUUUCAAGACAUGACUGCAUUAGUUGUUGACCCCAAGCCUGUUAGGGCCAAUGUUUCAAGAUAUCAGAUCCAGCGGCUAGGAAUACAUGUUGAAUUGGUUUCUGAUUUAAAUCAAGGUUUAUCUAUCAUAAGCAAUGAAAAUAGAAUUUUCAAAAUGAUCUUUGUUGAACAGGAAGUUUGGGAGAAGGACUCAAGCAUUUCAGCUCACUUUGUCAAUAACUUACAAAAAAUUGAGAGAGGGGUUUCUUCCAAACUGUUCCUUUUGGGAAAUUCUCUCAGUUCUUCCAGAACAAACACUGCAACUUCUGGUGCUUAUACCCUAAGUGUCAUAACCAAGCCCCUCAAGGCGAGUAUGCUGGCUGCAUCUUUACAACGAGCAAUGGGCGGGAAUAAGGGGAAUCCCCGCAAUGGAGAACACCCCAGUUUGUCUCUUUGCAACCAUCUUGUUGGAAGAAAAAUUCUUAUUGUAGAUGACAAUAAAGUGAAUCUCAUAGUAGCUGCUGCUGCUUUGAAGAAGUAUGGAGCUGAAGUUAUCUGUGCAGAUAGUGGCAAGAUGGCGAUCAAAUUGCUCAAGCCACCUCACCAAUUUGAUGCGUGCUUCAUGGAUAUCCAAAUGCCAGAAAUGGAUGGGUUUGAAGCUACAAGGAGAAUUCGGGAUAUGGAGUCAAAUGGGCAUAUACCAAUACUGGCAAUGACUGCGGAUGUGAUCCAGGCUACAUAUGAGGAAUGCCAAAGAUGUGGAAUGGAUGGGUAUGUUUCCAAGCCAUUUGAAGCUGAACAGCUUUAUCAGGAAGUUUCACGUUUUUUACAGCCAACGUCCAACGUGAAUUUAUAGAGAGAGCUGCUAUUGAAGGCUACCCAUGACAGGAGCUCAAGCACCUCUUCUCCAGGGCUUGAAUGGGCUGGGAGUUCUCCUGAACAGUGAGUGUUCCAUUUCCCAAAGUUGAUUCUUGAUUUUUGUAGUCUUGCAUUGAAAGAUUUUUCUUAUAAUAUUACUGGAAACACAUUUUUUAUCAUUUUCAAAACCUGAAGCACGCCUUUCACAAUUGUUCCUCGAGUGCUUCAUUAUAAACCUCAAAUUACAUUCGCUACUUUACAAGCUUGUUAACUUCCUGAUCUGCAUGAUCUUUCUCCAGGAAAAUAUUUGUUUUGUUGUGGAGUGUAAAUAGAAGCCAUGAUUGACUGGUUGGGCUCAAGUUUUCAUUGAUUGGUUUACGAGCUGCAUAGUGAAUCUGGUUCCCUUUUCCUUGUAGACCUCAUCUCCUAGUUGUCAGUUAUCAUUAGAACUCUUAGAAUAGAACGUCGAAUUCAAUACCACUUUCCAUUGGAUGAAGAAAUCCACUUACCCGAGUGUAUCAUAGAAAACACGGAAUUGCAUUUCUCCUCCCUAUGAAGUAAUAAAUUGCUGACAAGCCGAAGAGCUCUCUCUUUUCUUCGUGGGCCACCGAUUGUGGCAUGGAUACAAGAUUCUGCUGGAAGGAAAGAUAGCUUCUUGGCAACAAAGGAGAGAAUGCUUCAUGUAUAUUAUCUCUUUAAUAAAGAUGUUGAUGUAUACCAUGCUAGGUUACUUCUUGUUAGAUGUGGCUUCUAACAAUACCAAAAGGUUGUGCUACGAAGAAUUGAUGUAACUUAAACAGUGGCAUUCUAAAAAAAUUGAUUAAUCUCAAGAUUCUUGUCUGCUCA